UCAUAUACUCCAUUAUUGUUACGAUUGGUUAUUAUAUGACAAAUUCUCUCCUUGAGCUCUUGGCUACCAAUCAUCACGUUCACAUAGAUCUUACGUUAUGAAGGGCCUAAUAGUUUUCCCACUGCUUGGGUGUCGGUAUCCUCUUCUCAUAUUUGCUGUGAGGCAAAUAACAUAAAAUAUGCAAACAUUUAUCCCACCACCCAGCAGAGGACCUCUAACAAAGUAAACAAAUUAAUUAAACAAAGUUAUCCAUGAGUGCAGGCUGGGAGUAAAGGUCAUUAGUUGCAUGACUAGGAGAGUCACAAUAGCCUGAUUUUCACUCUCAUCUCAACAACAUGAAUGGAAGAGCCGGAGGGGGGAGAUAGUGGGUGGAAAGACAAAAAGAGAGAGAGAGAGUGAAAGAGAAGGUGAAAGAGAGAGAACAAGAUAAAAAUAGGAAGGAAGAGGAGGAGUCUGCAAAGGCCAGAAGCAGGAAUUGGGAGGGUGAGUUAGAGAGAUAGGAGUGGUAUCGUAGUUGUAGUUGAUCUGAAACCAGCUCACUAUCCAGGGAUAGAGUUCCACAGAAGGAGUUUACUGUUCUCUCCCCACAAAACUCAUGGAGCGAGCCUAGUGAAGAACUCAGUCUAUAGGAGGCUUGGUAUUACCGAUACGUUCAAGAUGGGCGACCAAGAUGUUUCUGACAGACUGUCUGGGUCCCAGACAGACGGAGAGAUGGGCGAAGAGAAAGGAGAAAGCGAAGGAGAGAGUGAAAGGAGGGGGUCGUGGACAGGCGCUGAGAGUUUGUACCAGUUCUCAUCCUCUCUACGUGCUGUGGUUCGCAUUAGACAGAAAUACCUGACCAUGAAAAAACGACGGCUGGAGUUAGCCGGGCUGGGUGUAGUAGGGCCAGUGGUAGGGGCUGGUCUCUUCACUGGGGCCCCUGUUCGCACCAGCCCCAAAAUCUUCACCUUUGAGGGGUUGACCCCCUCCAGCACCACCACAACCUUCUCCUCGCUCCUCCAAAAGAGGAAGAAGAAGAAGAGAUCGCGGCGGGUCAUGUUCCCCAGUGGAGGGGGGUGCAGGAACCCUGUCAUAAAGGAACACAGCCGAGCAAAGAACUGCCUCUUCCUCCUCUGCACCAUCCUCUUCCUCCAGGUGUAUAAUGCCAUAGAAAACCUUGACGACCAUGUCCUGAGGUAUGACCUGGAGGGAUUAGAGAAGACUCUAUGCAGGGAGGUGUUUGGCCAGCAGGGGGCGAUGGAGGCUCUGUUAGCCCAACUCAGAGACUACCUCUCUACCUACGUCCACAAUAAACCCCUGGUCCUCUCCUUACAUGGAACCAGCGGCGUGGGGAAGAGCCACGUAGGGAGACUCCUAGCUGGGCACUUCCGCUCAGUAGUGGGGGAGCCCCUGGUUCUCCAGUACUUUGUGUUGCACCACUGCCCCCUGGAGGAUGACGCCUGGCGAUGCGCCCGAGCGCUGACGAUCUUGGUGUCGGAGACGGUGCUGAGAGCAGAGGAGGAGGAGAAAAUUCCAGUAUUCAUCUUCGACGAAGCAGAGCACCUUCACCCAGAGCUGCUUGAUGCGCUGCGGGAUCUGGUGCAAUCAAAACUCUCCAACGAAUAUCUUAACGCAGUCUACCUGUUCCUUAGCAACCAAGGACACAAUCACAUCACUAAGCACCUGCUGCACAACUCCUCCAGCGACUCCAUGAUGACUGUGUCUGAGUACCAUGGCAACUUCGUCAAGGAGCUGACCCCGUUGUUGCGGAACACUCUGGAGAUGCUCCACCCACUGUGGGCAGACGCUGAACUCAUACCUCUGACCCUGCUGGAGAAAGGUCACGUGACAGAGUGCUUCCUGGACGAGAUGAUGAGGGAGGGGUUCUACCCGGACCGUACCAACAUUGAGAGGCUGGCAGGGGAGAUAGAGUACUACCCCGUGGUAUGGGGCCGGGUGUAUGCCCGGACAGGCUGUAAACAGGUUGUGGCGAAGGUCAACCUCCUAUGAGAGACCUACAGAGGGAUGUUGAGAUGACAGAAGACAGGGACCGAGAAAGACGUGUCCUGAGAAAAGAUACUACUGGACAGUGUCAGUUCCAAUAACUGUUUUGGCCCAUAGUCUUUUGGAGCCUAAAGACUUUGUGUUUCUUGUGAUCCAUCAAGCAAACAAAGCCCAAGUUACUCGCCAGAACCCACCAUUGGGGAAAAAACAUUGUCGUAUGUCUGAGAAUGAGGAGUAUCUCCACGAUGAAGGCUAAUCAUGUCAGAUAAUCGUCUUUUCUAUGUUCUGUAUCUUAGCACCAUCCGGAACGAGCCCCUUGGUUACUAGAUAAUUACCAUUUAGGUAUGAGAUAGGAUAGGUAAGGGCUAAUAUCAUAGCCUGCACAUCUGGAGAGGAGUCCAAAUCAGGAGUUGUGGUCAUGGUGAAGCACCACUGCUCAUUCUCCCACGAUGCUGUUAGGCAAACUACUGACAGUAAUACACAAGACCCCGCUCCCAAUAGAGCCUUCAAACUCAAAUCUGGACCCCGAAGCCAGUUCCACUUCAUUUGUUCAUUGUUCCCUUCUAAUCAGGAACUGAUUUAGACCUGAGACAACAGAUGUGUGCAAUUAGUUAUCAGGGCUAAACAAAAAAACAGCAAGCUCCAGACCUCGUAGUGUAAGAGUUGAAUAACACCGCAAUAGAGGAAGAUAUUAGGAUUCGUACCAAAUGAGUCUGGUUGUGACAAUGACAAAGACAGGGCCAAGAGCAGCACAGGAAAAUGUGAUGAAGUAGUUGUAUUUUGUUAACAUACUAUAUUGAUUAAACUGUAUCAUGCUUUCUGAA